AUGAAUCAAUAUCUGAACCAGAAACCAACUCUCAAGCGCAAGGUAGGAUGGUCAUCGGAUAAGCAGUAGCCUCGAAAAACAUCAAACCACAUUAUUCUUUAUCUCGAUCUUGAAGUUUCUCAUAUCGCCAACGUCCUUGUGAUCGACUUUGCGCUCAUACUAACUGCCUACCAGAGAGAAGAAGACGCAACCAACAUCAUGCACGAGCUCUUUCUCACGGCGACCAUACAAAACGAUGAUAUCGUACGUAUGGUUCGAAUCUUGCAAGGCUACUGUGGAAUGAAACCACAGCAGUCCCUUUACCGACGCUUGAUUUGGGAAGGACCACGACUACGCGCCGGACUCAAAGGUGUCGAUCCUAGCAUUAUCAAACGACAACCCCCACAAAAGAUACAACUGUGGGGAAGCCUCCAUGAACAACUCGUCAGACAGUCAUAUAUCUUGCACGUCAUUUAUGAGCUACCGCGCGAAUCUUUUGGCAAAUCUACGGAGCAAGAUGUAGCGCAGAUGGGGCCCGAUGGGCAACCGAAGACAUCGUGAGUAGUUACAGCUAUGAAAUGGAUGGCAGCAACGCUGUGAUAUCUGAUACUGAUAUGCAUCACAGAACUUUCGCGUUAGAUCAACAGCCAGGCACAUUAAGAUGGAAUGAUAUUCCUGAUCCAGAGGGAAAACGACAGGUCAACACAAGGCCAAUGCUACAAAUCGAGAACGAAAAGAACUUGUGUUUUUCAAUGCAAGUAAUGCAAUACAGGUAAGUAGAAUUGAAAACAGUACACACAAACUUGCAAUUUGACAAUCAUAGAUUCGUCAGACAGAUCAUCCAAGAGUGCUACCGUUUUAUUAACGGAAAUGUCAUUUUUGAGUUGAGUCGUUAUUUACAGCUCCCUGAAGGAAAGGAAGCUUUGAGUGAACCUUUACCUACCUUCGAGACUCUGACCCCCUUUGACACGGAAAACAAGUGGAUUUUAACAAUUAGUGUGAGGGUAGUUAAUGGGAAGGAUUUGGACCUGGUGCAGCAGGGAAUUGGGGAAUUGAUGACAGUGAAAAAUGAAUUUGAUGGGUGCUGUCAUUUCCAUGUUGUUCCCAGACUUACUCUUGAUACAAGAACAAAGAUGGCUUGAGUGAAAGCUAAGAUAGUCUUUGG